AUGGGACAAUUAUUAAACUUGAAAAAGGUCAAAUCUGAUUCACAAAAUGAUUUCUUGGUGAAUUCACUAGAGACUAUAACUUCAUUAAUGGAUAAUGUUUAUUUGAUUACAAAAUUUGGUAUUGGACAAAAUUCAAAGUUUUUAUCCAAGAUUGGUUCAAAUGCAAGUAAAGUUUGGUUCGUAACUUUAUUAAUCACAAUAAGAAAGAUAAUUAAAGAUUUAAUCAGGUUGUAUAAUUUGAAAACACAAGUUUGGAAAGAGAUUAAAUUUUGUGAGAUGGAACAAUUGCACAAUCCUUUAGCUAAAUUGAUACUUGAGAAAUAUGAAUUAAAAUUGCAAGAUAUACAAAAUGAUAUACUUGGUGGUGCUUUAGAGCUAGUUGGAAGUUUAAAUGAUUUGUUUUUCGUCUCUAUUGAGAUUUUCAAAUUGAAAGUGCCCCGUUGGAUAGAGAAAUUGAUUGGUUUUAUAUCUGCAGCUAUGAUGAUUUAUAGAAUGUCCAAAAGAUCAUAA